UAAUGGCAAGAUGAAUGAACCAAGAAUUUAUUCCAACAUUUGGGCAACUUCUCAAGAUAGCGAGGCGACUUUGACGCAAAAUUACGGAACAGCAAGUGCUUGCAAAGCGCAAAGCAGAACCGUGAGAGACAUGUGUGAAAGAGCAUCAGGACUGCUUGGAUGCGGAUUGGUAAAGGCGCCGACUGCAACUAUGAAACUUGUGGCUGCAAUCGAACCAACCAUCACUGAGAAAAAAUCAUGGCUGCCGCCAACAAUCACUUCACUCUGUCCUAACAAACACCGAUGUGUCAUAAAUCCUGAUUGGCAAAAUGCUAUUUUUGCUGCUGCUAGUGGUUCCACGGUUACGGUGGACGGAAUCAUUGGAACAGUUACGGUUGCAUGCGGAAAAAGAUUUUUCACUGGACUCUGGCCCGUGCCGAGGGAACUGCUUCACCAAACUUUUAUUACUCCACGGCGGCUGUUAGGCUACCAGGCCUUUCCACCAAAAACUGCUUCUCUGACCUCCCAUUCGGCUAUGCAAGUUGGAUGA